AUGAAUGCUUGUAUGUUAGCUGAGUACUUGGCAGAGAGGUAUGUAGAGGAGUGGAGAAGCAAUCCUACAUGGAAAAUUAAGAGCUUCAGAGUAAGGGUGCUAAAUGAGCUAGGGAUACAGAUUGGUUACUCUUUGGCUUGGCUAGCAAGAGCCAGAGCAAAAUUGAUGAUUUAUGGGUUAGCUUUAGAGCAAUAUUCAAGGGUUUGGGAUUAUGGAAAAGUUGUGCUUAAGUAUAAUCCAAAUAGUGGGGUGUAUGUGGUAGUUGAAGGUGUAGACAAACCAGAAACCCCUAUUUUCUUGAGGAUGUACAUCUGUCUGGCAAAUUUGAAGAAUAGGUUUAAUAAAGGUUGUAGGCAUAUCAUAGGCCUUGAUGGUUGUCAUUUAAAGGGGGCCUACCCAGGUCAGAUACUGGUUGUUGUAGGCAAGGAUGGGAAAAAUCAGAUAUUUCCCUUUGCUUGGGCAACAGUUGAGGUGGAAAACAAAGAAACCUGGGGCUGGUUUAUUGAAUGCUUGAGGAAGGAUGUGGGUGAUGUCAGUGGUGGCUUAGGGAUCACUUUCAUGAGUGACAGACAGAAGGGGCUCCUACAAGCCUUUGAUGAUCUUGUUCUAUUAGCUAAGAAGAGAUAUUGUGUAAGGCAUAUUUGGGCUAACUUUAAGCUCCAAUUCACUCGUUCUACUUUCAAGGAGCUUUUCUGGAAUGCAGCCAGAACAACUACUUUGUUUGAUUUUGAGGUUGCCAUGGAGUCUAUAAAGUUCUUAUCAGAAGAUGAUUUUGAGUGCCUAGCAAAUAUUCCUGCCAAACACUGGUCAAGACAUGCCUUUGAUGAUUUUUGCAAGUCCAAUAUGCUUUUGAACAAUCUUUGUGAAACAUUUAAUGCUGUUAUAAAAGAUGCAAAGGAUAAACCCAUUCUCACUCAAAUGGAGUGGUUAAGGAAUUACAUGAUGAAGUGGAACUGUGAGAAAUGGGAGGUAGUUCAAAAAGUAGAUGGGAAGAACAUGACAUAUGUGGGUAAGUUAACUGGGAUCCCAUGUGUACAUAAAUUUGCAUGUAUAUUAGAUAAAAGAGUGGACCUAGAUGACUAUGUGGAUGCUUACUAUAGUAGGGCCACCUAUAUUCUAGCCUAUGAGGCUGCAACUAACCUUAUGCCAGGACCCAAGCAUUGGGAUAGGGUGGACCUCAGACAACCAGUUCCCCCUCCAAUUAGGGUUAUGCCAGGCAGGCCAAAAUCAAAGAAAAGGAAGCUUAAAAAGGGAGAGUGUGCAUCUGGCAGCAAAGAGCCUCAACCAAAAGCACCUAAAUUUCAGAACAGGUGCAGAAACUGUGGUCAGCUUGGUCAUUAUGCAAAGACCUGUGGGAAUGAACUUAAGAGUGAAGCUACAACUUUUGAGCCAAAGUUAUCAACCAAACCUGUCCUAAACACUCCUUGA